AGCCAGUCCUCUCCCAACCCUCACGCUGUGCGGACGUGUUCCCUACUUCUUCCCCUCGUCAAGUGAAGCCCUUCAGUGCCUUCGUCAUGAGGAUCCUGGCGGGAUUGAUGAUCUGCUUCGCCCUCGCGGCCGCCAUUCCGGACCCGCAAGCUGGAGGCUUAUUCCGAGGAAGGAAGAUUUCGGGACGUCUCUCAGCGGGCAACCGACGUGACAACACCUUCGAGGAAAAGCCAUCCAGAGGCCGCCCCGCCGCAAGCAACACCCCGGCCCCCGCCCCGCAGAAGGCACCUGAAGUCUCCUCCUCCUGCAGCGAGAAUGUGUGCUCGUCUGGCUACACCAAGUUCCAGGGGCAGUGCUACAAGGUGCUCAAUACCGACACCCCCGUUGACUUCACCGCCGCCCAGAGGAUGUGUCAGGGCGAGGGAGCAGUGCUGGCGGCAGACAAGAGCCCACAGAUCCAUAACUUUAUGAAGACCCUCCUGGAGCCACAUCUCAGCGAGGCCGUUGACUCCAAGUACCGCCGCGCCUUCAUCGGUCUCAUGUGCCAGAAUGGCUGCGACUCUCCCGCUAACUGGCUGUAUGCUGAUGGCUCUGGCUGCGAGGGCAACGCCUUCUGUGACUGGCAGUCGGUCGCCUCCACCAACGAAUGGAACGCCUUGCCCACCAGCCUGUACGGAGCCUCCAUCGCUGCCAUGCUUGACGACUUCCCUGACACCUCCUACCGCUACAAGCUGCAGCCCUACCCCGCCGACCACACCCUGCAGUACAUGAUCUGCCAGAAGGGCGCUGACAGCACCGAGCACCUGAAGCCAAGGAGCCUCACCGUGAACGAGCGUCUCUCCAACGUUGUGCUGCAGUGGAACCGACCUGCCUGCAAGGGUGACAUUACCUCCUACAUCCUGGUGCUCCUCGGCGGCUCUGUCUCCUACGACACUGAGAUGAAGUGCACCAGCGAGCAGUGUGAGUUUACCCUGAACCCCGAAGUGUGCAACUACUGCAUCCACCCCAACACCGACUACACCUUCAGCGUGGCCGCCGUGCUUUCCGACUCCCAGCUGGGCCCCGCCAUCUCCAUCAACAAGAAGAUCGAUGUGGAGACCUGCCCCAACUUCGAGACUCCUUUCCACACCAUCUCCACCUGCCGCGGUGUGUCUGAGGUCAUCCAUGACGGCUCCUGCGACAACCAGAUCACCUGGAGCAAAGGAUCCAUGUGUGACGCCGUGUGCGAGGUUGGUUAUGGUUUCUUCGUGGAGCCUGCACCCAAGUACUCCUGUGACGCCGGCGGUGUUUGGGCCCCAGCUGGCAAGGCUCCCGAGUGUUACGAGAUCGUGCCCGUGUUCUCUGCUAACCUGCAGUUCAAGAUCGACUACAAGCGCGCCAGCAUCGAGAACCUGCAGCACCAGUUUGAUGGUCUCGUGUACAAAUACAACGAUAUCUUCUGCCCCUACCCCGAGGAGUGCGGCAUCGGUGACCUCCAGAUCAAGAGUGCGCUCGAUGAGGACGGCAGCAAGAUGAGCCAGGUCAUCAUCACCAUCGACACCCCUGUCUACAACAUCACUGACCAGACUGGUUUCAUCGAGCUGGUGCGCGAGGCUGUGCUCACUGUUUCCGAUGAUAACGCCUUCAUGACCCUCAUUGAUUACGACAACAUUGCCCUCGUCCUGCCCGAGAGGACCACUACUUUCAAGGCCAGCCCUCAGCUGUGCUGCCACACUUGCCCCGAGGGCCACGCUUACAGGCUGGGCAAUUGCGUGCGAUGCCCAACUGCCGAGUGUGUGUAGGGCGCGACGCCGGGUCAGCCCCCUGCUGCAGUCAGUACCUCAGUCGUCGCGUGCUUCCAGCCUCAUACCUUUGCCAGCCUUCUGUCUCCCAGUGCCCCUCGAGUGCCUUGUGCCUAACACUUCCUCCAGAAGCAGCACAGUCCACUCAGGGCACUGCUCGUUCAGGGGUUUGACAAUUGUAUCAACCACUUUUCAUGGAACAUGACAACAAAAGUUUGUAACAUUCCAAGCCUUACUUCAACUUUUGGCGGUUUUUAGCUCCGAUUAAAUUGUCAGUGUUCGGAAAUGUUCAAAUUCCUCUCACUAUAUUGGUCGUUUUGGCAUAGGUUUAAAUGUGGAUGUGGAAAUAAAUUUCAUAUCUAGAAUUUUAAGUUCAUUAGCUAAGCCAAAAAUUCAAGCCGCCUAUUGGGUGUGACUGGUACAUUGUGACGUCCGGUGGCGUGCGUCCUCGCAGCCCGGCGAGGAGCACUCCACCACUGUCCUCGUUCGUUCUCCAGCGUGCCUCACUCGUCCAUUAAUAAUCGUGUACUUGUCCUCAAUAACUCGAAAAAGAACGAUAUUUUUUUUUGGUUUUUAUGUGUUAUUAUAGGACUUACCAUAUUUGCUAUGUGAGAAAUCUUCCGCUCUCGGAGUCUCGCUCAGUGUACUCACCGCCCCCCGCCAGCCGGGCCGCCACGGCUGAAAGAAGGCCGCCUUAGGAAAACAAAUUUCCAAAUAUAUUAGUGAUAAAAUUGCAAUCAGCACUGCUUCCCCAGGGGCAGCCUGAGCCCCUCGGCGGCGCGGCGCGGGGUAGAGCGGCUCACUGUGUCAAGACCUGUACUGAGUGUUCAUUUCUCAGUAUUCUGAUAGAAUAAGUUGUUAUUUAAAGAAUUUUAGAAUUAGUUGUAAAAUUCUGUAGGAUUUUAGAGCAUUAUUUUCUAAAAUCUUCCCAGAGUAAAUUCAUAAUUCAUUUGGAUAUAAAUCGUAAAUUACUUUUUUUUUUAUAUAUAGAAUCAAUGAGUAAUGUUUUCAGUGUACCUUUGGAAUUGGAUUUCCUUCAUCUACACCGAAGAAUACUCUUUCAUCAAUAUUAAUCUGAAUGAUGUCCCAGGAGGCGUGGCGAGGCGCUGCCCCACCACCGCCUCGCCUGGCAUAUCGCUGUAGUUGUUACGUGUGAAUGUUGACCAUUGUAUAUACCUUGUAUAUUUUACAUAAGAUACCAUUAAAUGUUCUUUCUAUACAAAAAAAAAAAA